CUUUCUUCGUUUUCCCCUUCUCUUUUUCUUCCCCUUUUAUUAUUAUUAUUAUUAUAUAUACCAGUCAGUCAGUAACUUAUUGAAAUAGCUUUAUACUAAUUGUCAACAUGAGCGGGAUCUUUUCUUUAAAAACUAAAUCCCUUACAAAGAGAAUAAAGACUAGCAGAGCCUGUGACGACUGUCGAAAAAGAAAGGUCAAGUGUGACGGCAAACAGCCUUGUGCACGUUGUGUGAAGGCAAAGAUAGAAUGCAUAUUUGUAAAAAUGCCCAAGAGAGGUCCACCCAAAUCGUAUACAGAAAGUGUAGAAAAUAGACUUCAAAGAGUAGAAAAGGCCCUGAAAUCCAUUGCUACACCCGUGGUCAACAGGGUCUUUGAUGAUUCCUUGAAAAGCAAAGAUCCCUGUAACCAAAUCGCUUCUACCGAAGGUAACACUCCCUGAAAGCUUAUUUUUCUCGCUCACACACAUACUUUCAACAGCCUGUACAGUUUCUAUAUCAGCACCUUAUACCACGGAUUACUUGAGCU